AUGAGCAAGUUCCAGGGGUGCAACAUCGGUCAGAUACCAAGGACCGAGAAUUCUUGGGCAAAUGCUCUCGUGAAGUUGACCUCGGCGAUCGAAGGGAACAUUUUAAAGAUUGUCCCCAUAGAAUUCCUCAAUGAGCCAAGCAUCAAUCACCCCAACAAGGGGAUCGUCCACCCUAUGCAGACAACCACAAGUUGGAUGGAUCCUAUAAUUGGAUACCUUAAGGAUGGCAAGAUCCCUAAGGAUAAGCUGGAGGCUCGGCGUCUAAGGCUCAGAGCAACACGAUAUGCAAUCAUAGGAGAUACAUUGUACAAGAAAGGCUAUUUCUUGCCAUAUAUGAGGUGUCUCCGACCAGACGAGGCAGAGUACAUGAUCCAAGAGACCCAUGAAUGGAUUUGCGGGAAUCACUCUGGUGGCCAAGCUCUGGCCCAGAAGAUUAUCUGCCAGGGAUACCUCUGGCCAACAAUUCGAGAAGACUCCAGAGGCUUCACCUGGAAAUGUGAUAAAUGUCAAAGGUUUGACAUCAUAUUGAGGCAACCAGCGGAGGAGUUGACUCCCAUGAGCAGGCCGUGGCCAUUUUCUUAG